CAUUCCAUCAAUCUUAUCAUCGAUCAUUCCUCGAUCAUUCAUCGAACAAUCCUCUCCUUUGACCCUUCCAUCCUUCCCUUCAACCUCCUGCUCGUCGGUCAUUUGUAGUGACUCGAGUUCCUACCAGCGACCGUCUCCAUCCUUCCUUAACCUCACCCUUGAAGAAGAAACAAAAUAAGAAAGAACGAGAGGAAAAGGAGACAGAACGAAAAAAAAAAAAAAAGAAAGAAAGCAAGAAAGAAAGAGGAAAAAGGAAUCAAAAAAUAUAGUCACCAGAAUAUGAUCCGUUGCCAAUAACCUCACCAUGGGCGUCGAUUCCCGCCGACCGAUCUUACCCGCCCCCACUGAAUCCAUCGUCGCCAGCACCACCGCCACGGACUUGGCCACUGACCUCUCUCGCCGCACAGACAAGACCACUUACUCCAUCCCAGACGACGGUAGUCCCGUCACCAUCCCCACCCCCGCCCGACGCCGUUCCUCCCGCGGGAACCACGACGCCAAACUGUCCUCCGCCGCCCAGCAGCACUCCCAGACCUCCCUGCUCAUCGAGUACUUCGAGGGCGGGAAGGGCUCGGGCUCGCUCGUCUCCCGUCCCAGUGUCCGCGUCCGCGUCACCCCCUCCUCCGGUCGCAAGGCCAAGGAUCACCACGAGCACAACAUCCAAAUCUCCGAGGCCGGCUCCGGCACCCGCCAGCCCACCUACACUCGCCGCAUCUCCUUCUCCUCCCCGUCUCGGCACAAGGCGCCCCCUGCCGUCGUCGAUGACCAGAGUGUCACCUCUUCCGCCUCCGCAACUGAUGACCCCUCGUCUCGCGCCCAUCCGAACCCCCCCGUCGAGAUCGAGCUCAUGGAUCGUGACCCCGGCAGCGAGCUCUCCACCCGCUCCCGCUACGUCCACCUCCCCUCCGACAUCUCGUCCAUGCCCGCCGACAGCAUGAUUGAUUCCUCUUCCGCCGUCCGGCGAAAACGGAGCACCAGUAUGGACCGCGACCAGGAGCCCGACGCCGGCGAGUACCUCAAGACCCCCUCUCGCCGGAGAAGCCGAAGUCUGAGCCACGAGCGCAUCGCUCAUCGCGUGGCCGAGAAACUCAGCAGUGAGCCGCGCGAGGCCACCCCCCGGGGCAAGACCCACCGCCACCACCGGACCCGGACCGCCCGGCGCGACCCGGCCGAUCGCCAUGGUUCCGAUCGGACGGCCCACCACCACCACCAUCACCACCACCAGUCGGCCGACGACGAGAUGAGUCCCGUGUCCAGUCUGCUCAGCACCUCGGGCGUCUCGUCCCACCGGAAAUCCGGAGACCAGUACUCCUUCCGGUCGGGCACCUCCAAAUCCUCCAUCAACAACCCCAAGCUCCUCGAAACCGUCGAGGACGCCAUCCGCCGCCUGAUCCUGCCCGAGCUCAAGGAGCUCAAGAAGGACCAGCGCGUCGCCUCCAACUCCUCCAAGUUUGACCGCGACAUGAGCGCCUCUUAUUCGUCCACAGGGGGCGGUACGGAGCUCGGUCGCCGCCUCUCCAAGCACGCCAGUGCCCCGGACGUCCGGAAGCCCACCGUCGUCCUCCAUGGCGACGACGGCCCGGAGGAAGGUAUCGUCCUCGCCGGGGAUUCUGGCUCCUCGUCCCAGCGGGAUCGCCGGGCCAGUCGGGACAGCGACACGACGGUGGACGGGAACCCCGUCAAGUGGGGCCUGCGCCCGGAUCUAACGGAGCAGGACAAGCUGCGGCGCCAGCGGAGCAAGGGCCUACGAGACGCCGAAAAAGCCGGCCGCGUGGGCAGUGCUCUGACCGCCGCCGCCCUCCGCCACCACGACUCGCGCUCCAGCCUCGACCGGGAGGAGGAGGAGGAAGAAGAAGGGGGGGGCACCCGACGCAUGAGCGGCUCACGAAUGAGCGGCUCGCGCAAUCGGACCGGCAGCGGCAACGAGACCGAGCUGCUUUUCCGAAAGCACAAUGUCGCCCCCAUGCCGCUGCGCAGCGCCAUCGAGUCUGACCUGACGCGCGACUCCCUCCUCUCAGAGCGGACGGCCGAGCCCGCGGGACGGCACGAACUAGGGCUUCACCACAGCAACCUAUCCAGCCACAAUCUGUCGAUCCACAGCGUUUCGGACCAAGACCUGCACGACCACCACGGCGCCCCUUCCCCCGUGGGCGAGGCGGCGGCAGGGGCCAUCGCUGCCGCCGCCGCUGCCAACCUACUCGAGGGGGGCGACGCCGACCGCGACGCCCGCCGCCGCACCCUCAGCCCCAUCCAGAGCGUGGCCAGUGACCGCAGCGCCUCCCUCCGACGGGGUCCGAUCGGCCAGGCCGUCGAGCCGCGUCUCUCCAUUGACUCGCUCUCCUCGGCCCCAAGCACCAACCUCGCCCGGUCCACGCGCCAGGCCAACUCCAGCGUCGCCAGCCAGGCCGAGCUGCGGAAAAACUACACGGACCGCGGCCCGGAGCUGGGGUACGAGGAGUCCUCGGGCCUCUCGCCGCGUGAGCACCCGUGGCCGACGUUUGCAGGCGGGGACGACGUCGAUCCUCGGUACUCCCAGGCGGAGACCGUGAGCACCGAUGGGAAGCGGUGGACCGCCGACUACACCGACGACAGUGAGGUUAACUACCUAGAGAAGGCCCACCAGGCGCGCCCGGUGGCGCCGGGGUCCGGCACAAGCCCACAGUUUGUCCAGCCUAUUGCGGUCGAGUCUGCGGUGGCGUCGCUCCUUGACCCCUCGAUCCUCGACCCCUCGCUCGUGGAUACCAAAUCGAACCCGUCGGGCGUCAGCCGCUCCCAGGGACACCCACCCCCGUCCCCAGAGCGGGUCGAUCCGGCCGCGGGGUCCCGUCAGGGGAGUCCCCUGAAGCAGCAGCAGGACGCGGCAAGUCCGGACGCCACCUCGUUCCCCAGGCGCAUGGGCGCCAGCUCCCCGCCGCAGAGUGUCACGCAGUCCCUCGAAGACCCCCACGGCUACGCCGAUGACCUCCACACCCGCAGCCCCAGCCCCGAAGAAGAUACGCGGAGCCCGGACCUGGAGUCGGAGAUCAACACCAACCCGUCCAUCAUCCAGGGCCCCGCGGCUCCCCAUGAGAAUCAUUGGUACGGCCCAACGGACCCUACGGGCCAUCAGUCGCCCCUCGACCAGACGAGAGCCGCCGGCCUCGACUACAACCAGGACAAUUAUUCUCCGACCGGCUACAGUCCGAACGGGUUCUAUGACCAUUACCCCCGGGACCAGCUGUUUGGCACCCCCCUGGGGGCGAAGGAUGAGGGAUACGUAUCGGCCGCCAACCCGCGGUCCCCGGGAGCCGAUAGCCCGGAGCCCCUCAACAAAGGGUUCGACAUGGACAGCGGCGCCAUGGGUCUCUUCGACGCGGGACCUGACUCGUUCGCACCUGGUCACCACCGACAGCUGAGCGGCUACUCCCACGGUGCCGGGUCGCCUCUGUAUGACAGCGCGACCGGCCGGGGGAUCGAGCGAAUCCAGUCGAAGGAUAUCGUAGCGCUCAUGGAUCAUCUCACCGUCCGCGAUGCGCAGCGGAACGCUCGCGACACGGAGAUUCUCAUGACCCUGGUCCAGAGCGCCACCGAGAUGCGAAAUUCGUUCGAGGGCAUGAAGAAGUUCAUUGCGCAACAAGAUGGACUAGUUAUGGAGGCGAAUGAAAAGCAGCAUGAGCGCACGUAUCGGGCGGUCGGUGGGCCGCGCCCAUUGCCGGUCAGCACCCGGCCACGGACCGCCACGGAGCCGGAGGACCUGCGUUCGAAGCGCAUGAACGUCUUCAAGCGCGCCAUGAAGGGGCUGCAUCUCAAAUCCGGCAACGACCUGGGCAAGAUCGAAGAGAUGCUGGAGCAUCUUCUCGACGAGGUGGAGGCCCUGCGGUAUGGAGACGACCACAUGGCGCGGAGCCAGCGGACAGGCAGCGUAGACCCGGAGGGCUACGAGCCGGAAGGGCACGCGGGGACGACCUCGUCAGAGAAUCACUCCGGCUACCUCUCCAUGUUCUCGCGGCCGGCGGAUGGUCGGGGCCCCGGCCCGGCCGACCAGCGCGUCAGCACAGUGCCAGAGGCGGACGAGCCGGUGGACGGCGAUGCGCGGGGUGAGUUCCUGAGCCCCAACCUACCGGGCGGCGGGACCGGCACGCAGCCGGAGCGGCCCGGGUCGGAGCCCACAGCGGCGACGACCCCGCCGCGGGGGCCGGUGGCCUCGGGGGCGCUGAGCACGGAGCACACCCCCAAGUCGACAGAGAAGGCGCGCAAGCACAAGUCCAGCAGCUCGUCGUUCUUCCCCAAGAUCUCGCGAUGGUCCAAGACGACGGCGUCGUCCAUGGGCGACAACAUCCGCAAUAGCAUCCAACCGGCGCGGAAGGAGCGGGGCGGCUCGUUCGAGGCGUCGCCGUCAGGGUCAGACCUGGGACGGGGGUCGUACGACGCCGCGGGGGAUGACCGAAUGCGGACGAGCUACAGCCUAGACGAGAACCGACCACCCUCGCCGCUUGUCCCGUCGCAGAUAUCAGAGGCACCGAAGUACCGGGCUCACCGCGACAGCCUAGACAUGCAGCACCCGCAGCCGCGGCAGGGGCCCACAGGGCGAUAUCAGACACAGCUGGAGACGCAAGCACAGGUAUACGAUGCGCCAGCCGAGCAAUGGGGCUCAAUAGGCAGCGCGAACCAGCGCUACAGCGGCGGUAGCCGACUAUCGCCCAUCUCAGACGUGUACUCAGAGGGGGCGAGCUCGCGGGCAGGGCCGCCGCGUCCACCCAAGGUCAAAGACGAGGGUCCCUUGAUCCCAGAGCGGCCACCCAAGGUGUCAGAGGGGAGCGACGAGCGGUCGUAUGUGGAACGGGUGCAGGUAUUUCUUUUUCUACACGGGUGGCGGAAGAAGAGGGGCUAACGGGGAGCAGAGUUCACGGUCGUCGCCACGCAGCACGCCUAAUCGUAAGCCGACGGGACCGCGGCCGUUGACGGGGAGUCAGUCGAGUCCGCGGAAGAGGAGUCAAUACAGGGGGAGUCCGGACCAGAUUGAUGACGAGUAUGGCUAUUAGUCGCACUUGAAUUAUGGACUGGAGGAGAUAUGAACAUGAAUUAUGAGAUAAUGGCAGCGCUGGAUUGGAUGUAUUCCUUUUGAUUUUGAUUUUGUUUUUGUAUGAGAGUGAUUCCCGAUGUGCAUAUACUUCAAGUCACCUACUUGUGCUUAAUAUGGAUAAACCUAAACCUAC